CCACCACCUACCUCGACCAUACAUCUCUUCGUUCCACCAUGGGGAAGUUGCGCCUCAAAAGGACACCUGAAGACCAGCGCCGGCAUGACCUCCGUAAGGCCCAGAAAGCGGCGCGCAAGGCCGCUAAGCGGGCCAGGGACGCGGGGGACUCUGACGUCAAAAGCGAAGAGGGGCCGUCCAGCAAGCGACGACGGACGUCCAGCGACGAGAGUUACCUCUUCGAAUUCAAUGGCUGCGAUCCCUCCAGUCCGCGCCGCACGCGCACGAAGGACGACGUCUACGCACAGAUGGAGGAGGAACGGUUCCGCGAGAAGAUGUGGGGCGCGUUCACGGACGACGAGCGGCUCGACUCCGUCGAGGCGGCAUUCAGCUCGUACGCACAUAUCCCGCGCCGCUGGCGCAGCGGCGGGAUGGACAGGAUGGACGACGAAAACGACAUCGACCCGCACAUGAUGGAGGACGAGGACUACGCCGAGUGGUUCAGGCUCAACAUGUGGAGGGCUGAGUGCAGGAGGAAGCAUGCCGCUGAGGCCGCCGCGUACGACCGCAGUAAGCAGGAGAAAGCCGCCCGCAAGGAGCGCGAGAGGAAAAUCCGCGAGGAGACUAGGAGGAUGGAGAAGGCCGAAGAAGAACGCCGCAGGCAGAGGCGCCGCGAGAAGGAGAACAAGCAGUGGGACGAUGCCAGGACGUACUACGAGGCGACCUGGAAGCAACUUCUGGACGGCAAGAUCAGCCGCGAGUUGCGCUUUGAGGAGGUCCCUUGGCCGGUGCUUUUCACAAAAGAUGUUCAUGUUGAGGCCAUUACCGUCGACGCGAUCUCCACAUUCCUUCUUUCCAAUGGGCAGCCUAUGAACAGCAUCGCGACUGAUAGGGACGCCAUCAAGAAGGAGCGCAAGGACAAACUAAAGGAGACCAUGCUGCGUUUCCACCCUGACAAAUUCGAGGGUCGCAUUCUACGACAUGUCCGCGAGGCUGACCAGCGCCGCGUACUCGAAGGCGUCGGGAUGGUUGCUCGCGGCCUCAAUACCUUGCUCUCGCAGUAAAUGCUCCGUGCAGCCGGAUCGCAUUCGUAUACCACCUUCGUCUCCCAGCAAUCAGUUGAGU